AUGCCCGAAGCGUCCACCGGGGCAGGUCUCUUGGAGAACUGGAAAUGUCUCCUCGCGUGCACUCUCGUCUCGAUGAGUCCAUUCCAGUAUGGUAUUGACUUUGGUGCCAUUGGUGGUCUGCAAGCCAUGCCUGGUUUUCUCGAGGUGUUUGGUCACAAAGACCCUUCGACACCGCUCGGGUACAACAUCUCCCCAGGACGCCAGCAGCUCAUCUCCUCCCUCAUGACCCUCGGAGCCUUCAUCAGCUCCUCCGGGGCAGGUUUCUUCGCGAACUGGCUCGGACGUCGCCAGUGCCUCUGGAUCGCAUCAGUUCUCUGCUGCGUCUCGAACGUGAUCAUGAUGGCUACAACGAGUCUCUCCGGCAUCUACGCGGGGCGCUUCUUAAUCGGUCUCGCCAACGGGUGGUACAUGACCUUCGCCCAACUAUACAUCCAAGAGAGCGCACCGGCCCGCUACCGCGGCCUCAUGAUCUCCGUCUUCCAGUCCUGGACUUCCAUCGGAACGCUCAUCGGCACAGUCGUGGACAACUCCACGCACUCCCUCGCUGGGAAAACAUCCUACCUGAUCCCCCUCGGCAUUAUCUACAUCAUCCCAGUGUUCAUGUCCGUCGGCCUGUUCUUCAUCCCAGAGUCGCCGCGCUGGCUCGUCCUCGUAGAGCGCCACGACCAAGCGAAGAAGAGUCUGAUGUGGAUGCGCCCAAACAAGGACGCUGUACAGGAAGAACUCGACGACAUCCACGCUGCUAUACUCGCAGAGAAGGAAGUCGCCAGCAGCGCGUCGUUCAUCGAUAUCAUCAAGAACCCAGUCGAUCGCCGGAGGACGCUGUUGGCGAUCGCAGCCGUGUCUAUCCAAGCUGCGUCUGGGGCCAUGUUCAUGAUCGCAUAUGGUACCUACUUCUUCGAAAUGGCCCACGUAGGCAACGCUUUCCAAAACUCAUGCAUCCUAACCGCCGUCGGCGUCUUCGUCAUCAUCGUAAACAGCUGCGUAAUCUCCAAGAUCGGCCGUCGGCGAGUCUUCCUCAUGAUUGGCAUGACCAUAUGCGGAAUAUCUCAGUUCAUUGUCGCCGCUGUGUAUCACGUCUCGCCUGGGACGGUCAGCACGGGAAAGGUCAUCGUCGCCAUGUCCGUCAUCUACAUCUGCGGCUACAACGGCAUGGUCGCAACCUACGCCUGGCUCGCCGGCGGCGAAAUUCCCUCCCAGCGCCUGCGCUCCUACACAUUCGGUCUUGCCGCUGCGGUCGGGUUCGCAGGCGCGUGGCUCGCGACGUUUACAGCGCCGUACUUUAUUAAUCCUGAUGCGUUGAAUUGGGGGCCGGAGUAUGGCUGGAUCUGGGGCCCCUCAUGCCUCAUCACCGUCGUAUGGAUCUUCUUCUUCCUCCCCGAGAUCAAGAACCGGACGCUCGAAGAAGUCGACGAGAUGUUCGAGGCGAGACUCCCUGCGCGCAAGUUCCGACAGUAUGUCUGCGUCGGGCGGCAUGUCAGCGAGGAGAAGAUUCUGGCUGAGAGGGAUGGCGACGAGAGGAAGAGUGUCGAGGAGAAGGUGUGGACUGAUCAUAAGGCUGUUGCGGAGGCGACGGUGCAUAUUGAGUAG